AAUUAUAAUGUCCUUACAAAAAUGCAUGGUUUAAACAAAUUAAUAUUCAAAAUGGCUAAUUCACUUUCACUUAAUACUCUUCCUGCCAUUGCACUGCUGCUAGCAACUAUCUUGUUCCUUAUUCAUGGAACUGAGUCGAUACAGUCUGCUAAAAGAUCCGACUUUCCGAAAGAUUUCUUAUUUGGAGCUGCCACUUCUGCCGUACAGAUUGAAGGAGCGUCAAGCAGUGAUGGGAAAGGACCAAGUAUUUGGGACUAUUAUCAAGGAAAUAAAAAAGUUUUAGUGCUUGAUGGAAGCAACAUGUUUACUGCUAUUGAUUCUUACAACCGUUAUUGGGAAGAUCUGGAACAUCUAAAGAACCUUGGAGGAAAUGGUCAUAGAUUUUCCAUAUCUUGGAGCAGAAUUCUUCCAAAAGGAUCUUUGAGUGGUGGGGUGAACCAGAAGGCAGUCGAUCAUUACAACUACUUUAUUAAUAGAUUAUUGGAAUAUGGUAUAACGCCUCUAGUGACUCUAUACCACUUUGAUAUUCCUGAAGCCUUGCAAGACAAGUAUGGCGGCUUCUUAAGCAACUCGAUUGUGAACGAUUUCAAGGACUAUGCUGAAGUAUGUUUUCAGAAAUUUGGAGACAGAGUGAAACAUUGGAUUACGAUAAACGAGCCACUAGUGGUUACACAGCUCGGAUAUGAUAUAGGACUUUCCCCACCGCUCCGGUGUUCAGAUAGAAAAAUGUGUGCAGCUGGUGAUUCUGCCAAGGAGCCUUACAUUGUGACCCAUAAUCUUCUGCUUUCGCAUACAGCUGCUGCUAGGCUUUACAAGGAUAAGUAUCAGGCAACACAAAAGGGAGAAAUUGGAAUUACACUAGUAGGGCAAUAUUAUGAGCCUUCUUCACAAUCAGCAGAAGACAUAGCUGCACAGCAAAGAGCCUUGGACUUUAACUUAGGAUGGUUCGUAUGCCCAUUAGUUUAUGGUGAUUAUCCCGACAGCAUGAAACAAAUUGUAAAGGGCAGGCUCCCAUAUUUCUCCGAUCAAGAGAAGAUGUUAGUGAAGGGCGCUUAUGAUUUUAUCGGCAUAAACUACUACACAUCUCUCUAUACCAAAAAUAUUCCGGUAGAUCUAAAUGCUGCACCGGUCAGCUAUAGCCGCGACCAAUUUGUAAACACAUCAGUUAGGUCCUCAACUGGAGCUCUAAUUGGCCCAAGGGCUGAAGGAUUUGCGGACCUUUAUGUAUACCCACAAGGGCUGCAAGGAGUGCUGGAGUACUUGAAGAACAGAUAUAAAAACCCUAAGAUCAUCAUCACUGAGAAUGGAGUAACGGAAAAAAGAGACGACAACCGUCCGCUAGCGCAAGCACUGAACGAUCAACACAGAAUCUCGUAUAUUCAGCAGCAUUUGGAUCAUGUCCAUUACGCAAUUCAAAAUGGAGUGAAUGUGAAAGGAUAUUUCUACUGGAGUGCAUUUGAUUCGUUUGAAUGGUACGGGGGCUACACAACAAGAUACGGGUUUUAUUAUAUCGACUACAAGCAGAAUCUUAAGCGUAUCCCUAAGGCCUCCGUCGCGUGGUUUCAACAUUUCAUGAAUGGUUCCAGUGCUCAGCAGUGCAAGGCCAAGACCGGAGGCCACUAAAUCUCAUGUCUAAUAAGGAGUCUAGGCCAAGGUUUUUGUUGAUCUGUAGAUGCAAGUGAGUUUAAGAAACUAGGUGGGACUCAUUUCGUUUUAACCUAGUCGAGUUCGAGCUACUUAAAGAAGAAAUCACGUUAAAUUUUAUCGAUUUUAUUUAUUAAUUUUACAUUAAGAUAGUGUUUAGCUCAAUACUAGUAUGUAAUUCGAUAAAUUUUUAUUUGAAAUUCAUUUGGAAAUGAAUUCUUGUAUUUGAUAUCAUAAAUAUUAAAUAAGAAAUUCAUUUUAAAAGAAA